AUGCAUUUCAUCUCCCUCAUUGCCUUCUCCCUCACAACCGCUAUAACAGCGGUCAGCGCCUACCCCAUCACCGGUGACACCGUCAACUGCCGCUCCGGUCCUGGAACAAGCCAUACAGUCGUCAAGACAUACAAAAAGGCCCACGAUGUCAAAAUCACCUGCCAAACCACCGGAGACUCAAUCUCCGGCAACAACAUCUGGGACAAGACCUCCGACGGCUGCUAUGUAGCCGACUACUACGUGAAAACCGGCAGCAACAGCUACGUAACCGCCAAAUGCAGCAGCAGUGGCAGCACCAGCAGCAGUGGCAGCACCAGCAGCACCGGCACUGGAAAAGCCAUCAUCGCUGCAGCCGAGAAGGAGAAAGGCCUCCCAUACGUCUGGGGCGGCGGUGGCUGCAAGGGUCCCUCCGGCGGCGGCUUUGACUGCUCCGGUCUGACACAGUAUGCUGUCUGCCAGGCUUUGAAGAAGACGAUUCCCCGUGUCGCGCAGGACCAGUAUAAUUCCAGCUUGGGCAAGCGGUAUCCUCGUGCGCAGGCUAAAGCCGGUGAUCUCUUGUUCUGGGCUACUGGUGGUGAUUGCAAGAACAAGGUUGUGCAUGUUGGUAUCUUUAUCAAUGAUAAGACGAUGAUUAAUGCUGCUCACACUGGUACGCCGGUGCGUGAGCAGGCUAUUUGGACUUCUUAUGGUGGAGAGAGUAUCUGUCCUUAUGUUAUGAGAUUCACUUGA